UCUUUUACCAAAUGUUUUUUGAUCAAGAUUCUCUGAUUCCAUAAAUAUAAAUAUAUUUGGUGACGGGUGUGGUGAAAUUUCAUCUCAGACGAAGGAGAGAGUGGGUACAGCACACUCUGAGUCAACUCGGCCAUGUUUCAACCUAACAACCAGCCUUCUCUUUAUGGAAAUGCAUUGGCUGCUCAAGACCCACCAGCAUCUAUGCAGGGAAAUCCAAAUGGAAUGGAUAUAGUUGUUGUUAAGGAUGACGGUAAUGGAAGUUUUUCACAUGCAGAAUCCAUCAUCCAAUACUCUAAGAAACUUCAAGAUGAUCUACAUAUCAUAGGUUUGAAAAUCAAGCAGCAUGAGGAGAGCAUAAAUUUUUUGAAAUCCCAGAAAAGCAAAUUCGAUGACUCAAUUCUUGAUUUGCAAGUUUCUUUAGGCAAGUACCAUUCUUCUGCAACAAAGAUUGAAACUGAGGACCGUUCCCAUCUUCAAAAUGAGGAUGAAAUAUGUGGACAGAUUUUACAGCAUGAAAGAUCUGCUGCAGGCAUUUUAUGCCUGCUGAAAGCUCGACAUGGUAGUCAGGUCUCUAAUCUUACAAUGACCAAGGAUGUACUGGGUAUUGUUGCUACACUUGGAAAAGUGGAUGAUGAUAACCUUAGCAGGCUUUUCUCAGAGUAUCUGGGAAUGGAGACUAUGAUGGCAAUUGUCUGUAAGACAAAUGAAGGUGUCAAAGCUCUAGAAGUAUAUGAUAAUGAAGGCUGCAUAAAUAAAACCGCUGGUCUUCAUGGGAUCGGUGCUUCUAUUGGGAGGGCUUUGGAAGGACGAUUUAUUGUUAUUUGUCUUGAAAAUUUAAGACCAUAUGCUGGUGAGUUUGUACUUGAUGACCCUCAAAGGAGGCUUGAUCUUCUAAAGCCAAGAUUGCCUAAUGGAGAGUGUCCACCUGGCUUCCUUGGAUUUGCUGUAAAUAUGAUAAGUGUGGAUAGCACAAACUUGUUUUAUGUUACAGCCAGUGGUCACGGCCUUAGGGAGACCCUAUUUUAUAGUCUUUUCUCUCGUUUGCAAGUAUAUAAAACCAGGGUGGACAUGCUAAAUGCACUCCCCUGUAUAAGUGAUGGAGCCCUUUCUUUAGAUGGAGGAAUAAUCAAGGCUACUGGAAUCUUUUCCCUUGGAAACCGGCAAGAUGUAAAUGUGAGAUUCCCUAAGUCAAUGGUGGCCUUGAGCCUACCUGAAAGCUAUCUUGGAGCCGAGAGGCAAAUCAAGGAGUUGAAAUGGAAGAAGGAAAAGAUGGCAGAAGAUGUUAAGAGAGAACAGACUUUACUAGACAAUGCGAAGCUCAAAUUCGAUCGAAAGAAGCAAGAGUUUCUUAAGUUCCUUGCUGAAAGUUCAUCAUACGCAUCUCAGAUUGUAGCUACUGUAGGGACUUAUGACAUAGAGUGGGAUCUGGGAAACAUAGUUCAUACGCCAUUUUCUUCAGUAUCUCCUCCAUCCCAUUCUAUUUCUCCUCCUCCUCCUAAAUCUAAACUAAAAAGUCCAGCUCGUUCUUCUGUUGAAGCAAGGGGGGAAAAGAGGUCCUUAAGUAGCCAAGAUGAAGCUAAGAAAGUCAAAAUAGCCAAAAGGAGUACAUUAACUAUCGAGGAACCUUCAGAUUCACCUCCCAAGGGUAUGAAGUUCCUCAUUCCUCCGAAUAAUCGUUGUUCAUCAAAAAUUUCUUCUGUGAUCAAACAUACACACAUUAGAGCUUUGCAUGAGAAGCUUUCAACGAAACAAGUUUCUGAUUUUGCUAAUUCGUGUUUUGGGCAGUUCCUAACUAUGCCUGAGUUCAAAAUUCAAAAUCAACUUAUCCAUAAUCUAUUGCUUAGAGAGUUGCAACAACCCAACCCACUUGAGAUUUGGGUUGGUAUAGAUGGCAUGGAGCUUCGUUUCGGCAUAGGGGAGUUUGCAUUGAUCACAGGCCUACGAUGUGUGGGCUCGAUGGAUAAGUUAAAAUAUGUUAAGAAUGAUAAUGGUUUUUGUUCUACAUAUUUUAAGGAUCAUCUUAAGAUCACCAAGAAAAUGGUUAAAGAAUGUUUUGAUGAGGAACGAUGGCAAAAUGAUGAAGAUGCUUUGAAGAUUUCGUUGAUGCAUUUUCUGCAAAAUUUCUUGCUUAGUUCUGCUGACAUUAAUAUUAUCCCAAAAGAAGACUUUAAUAUUUUAGAUAGUGGUGCGUUUUCUCAGUUUCCUUGGGGCAAGGAAGUUUUCAAGGACACUAUUGAGUCUUUGAAGAACAGGAUUGUUGGAAAGAAAAAACAAAAAGACAGGAAAAAAGAUGGAAAGAAAAAAGAAAAACAUUUUUAUAGGUUGCUUGGGUUUCCAUACGCAUUUCAAGUAUGGUUUUAUGAGUGUUGCCCAUACUUGAAUGGGAGUUAUUGCCAUCUCUCUUGUGGUUCAAUUCCUCGCAUUGUCAACUGGUCAUGUAGUAUUCAACCUUCAUUCUUACAAGUGACUGAGGUGUUAUCUUUGAAGGUUGCCGAGUUGAAAUUGAGAAAUUUAACUCCUACUUUUGAGGAGAGAGCAAACACUGAUUUGGAGGAUUUUUUUCCUAAAAAAAAGAAUGUUGUUGAGGUUGAUAAUGAUUUGCCUGAAGUUGCUACAGUUACUCAUGGAGUUGAUGCAUUCAGAGAUGAUGACUUUGUGGAGAAUCCUCCUCAGUCUGUAGUUGGCGAUUCUUCAUCUGUUAUGCCUUCUAUGCCUCAAUUUUCACUUAGUCAAAUGCAAGCUCAGUUGCUAAGGUUAGAAACAAGCAACAAGGUUAUUGUUUCUGAAUUGUCUUCAUUGAAGAAUUAUGUUCAUGAAGGCUUUUCUAGAUUUGACAAAGCAUUUUCAAAGCUCCAUGAUCUUUUUAGUUCUCAUAGGAAAUAGGUAUGUAAUAUUUUAUGUAUCUAUUUUGAUUUAUUUGUGCAUUUAUCCUAAUUAUUAUUAUUAUUUUUUUAUAGUUUGGUUGUGUGAAAUCUUUAUUAUUUAAUAGGAUUGGUCGUAGUAUUUGUGUCAUUCUUAGGUAGUUGGCAAGGCACCACCUAAGAUAAAAGGCAAAAGGAUGACAAAGAUAAUUCUUAGAUUGAUAAUUAGGUAGAAGAUUAAGUAGUUUUUUUUUUUAGUUUUUUAACUGUACUAUAGAUCUUAUUUUAAUUUGUAAGUUUAUUAAAGUUUUUCUUGGUCAAAUUGAUGUAUUAUUAUUGUUUUAUUUUUCAUGUCCAACUCUUAUUAUAAUUUUUCAACAAUUUAAUGUCUUUCUUUGAUAA